UGAAAAAGGAAGUCCGCCUGUCUGAAUUUUAGCUUCAGAUUUGUACUCUUUUAGAAAAUGGAGCAGAAGAACAGGAUGGGAUCUCACAGACCCCUGUAAUCAUUAACAGCAAUAAUUUGCACACACUAACGAAGGAAUUCUCUCCUGCACAGGUACUGGUUGACUAAAGAACUCCCCAGCCAAAUGAGUUGUUCACAGACCCUGUCACCUCUCUCAUUUGCAACCCGCAGUAGUGAGAUGCAGACAGUAAUGAAAAAGACUACGAGUCAGGUGGUGUGAGAGAGGGACAGAGAGAGAAAGAGAGAGAGUGUUCAAAGGGGAGAAGAAAAGAAAGAAAGGGAAAGACUGAGAAGGUGAGAGUGAGAAAGAUGGCUGAAAUGAGAAGAGGGAAUUUUAGGGUUGUACAGUACAGAAGAGCUCCAGUGUGGCGUUCCACAGGGAGGGGGACCCUCGGUGGGAGGGGCUUGAGUGGACGUUUGGGCGGACAUUGGUCCUACAGGGGGCUGUGGGGUGGGAACCGCCUUCUGCAGCACCUGGACCGAGCUGGUCACCCAGCUCUCUCCCCCCCGGCUCUAAGCACGGACGCGGCUCCUCCAUCUUACCUAUCCUUUGUCAGUGGGGCUGUGCUAUGGGACAGAGGAUUGUACCACUACGCAGACUCAUCUCCCACUGAUGGCUCUACAUGCUUAUGCCAUCGCUUCCUCGCCCAUAUGAACACCAGUCCCGGGGACGUGAGACUUGCCCAUAUCCCGAGCAGCCACCCCAGGCCUAUGCUUCCUCACCUGGGCCUGACACAGAGGCGACAGGCCCUUAGUGAGCCCAGGCGACAGGCCCUUAGUGAUCCCAGGGUCCGCCGGUAUACAGAUCCCAGGAGAGGGCUACAACUCUGGAGCUCCAAGAGGUUGCAGUGGGACAUUGGCGAGCCCUGCAUGCCAUCAUCUCCUCCUCCCAGCAGGGCUUCUCCUGACCCCCCCGUCUCACCAUCAUCAUCCUCACACACAGCUAGGGCAGGCCAUCAAGCAACUAUGCCCCCAGCACAGGCCCAUCCACCACCCCCAGCACCAUCACUCGCACGGACCACAGGUCUUCAUCAGGAAGAUGAGGAUCGGAAGGAUGGAAACCUCUGUGCUUCCUCAGCAGCUGCUGGCUCUCCAGGGUGGGACCAGAGGCCUGGCUCUGAGUUUCAGGAAGCGGUCACACCAGUCAGCCUGGUAACCCCGGUAACCCCAGAAACCCUGGACCUUGAUCUCUCUGACUUCAGCCGACCGCCGUCCAGCCAGCUCAGCCAAAACUCUGACUUCUCAAGCAGAAGGAGCAGUGUCCUGUCUGGUGGAUUCCGGUCCUCUUCAUUGUGUCUGUCCACCCCGGCCUCCUUGAGUUCUUCCCUGGUCCCCCUGCCUGACCAUCCUCUGGACCCUCUCCAAACCCUCCGCAGGUCGUCCCUGAUGCUUGCACCUGGUAACCAUGGUGACAGGGACAGGUUCAGUCUGAGUCGACCAGAACAGGACAGCCUCGUCUUAGACCCCCAAGGAAGACCUGCUCGGCCAGGGGUGACCCCGCCCUCCACCCUCUUGGGUCAGAUGUCACGAUGCUGGCCUGUCCUCCCCCCAAUCUCUCCCCACAGAGGGGCCAGCGAGACUGGGGGGUCCUCCUCUUCUCAAGUCAGCAGCACUGAGUCAGAUGUCUUGGAAGAGCUGGAUGCCAUCGCAUACCGAACGGGCUCUUGUCUGUCCCAGGAGCGCUCCAAUAGCUUCAAUGCAGACUGCAGUUCUCCUGACACAGCAGUGCUGUCACAUCGUGCUGACUCCCUGGUUCUGGACUGCGACUCUGGCAGUUUGGGGUCCCUGUCCCGUGUACGACUCCUGCUCCUGGACCACCCUGAUGCUGUGGAACCCUUCUCUCCAGUGCCAGAGUGUGGAUUUCCAUCUACAGACAGCAUGGGAGAUCAAAAUGAGCAUGCAGGAGGGACUUACAGGAUGCACAGAGGGGAUUGGUCCACAGUUAGCAGCUCUUUGCGUGUGUUGUCAGGAUCCCUGGCGCCCCUCACCCCUGCAGGCUGUGGAGAGGGUGCCGGGCUUAAGGGACGUGGCACCAGUGGAGCAGAGGGGCAGAGCUCUCAACCAGCGGCCUCCUCAGGAGACAGAGCGAGCCAACCGUCCUCCUGUUUACAAGAGUCAUUCCUGUCCGAUUCUGCCCUGACUGUUGGGAGUGGAAGUGCCUCCUGUCAGUCCAAAGGCUUCAGCGGGGCUCUGGAAGCCCCAGAGGCAGAGAAGCUCCACACCGACCCAGGCUGUCAGGGGAGUGAGGGCAGUGCAAAGCAGAGGAGAGCAUCCUGGAAGCUGGAGCAUCUGCUUCAGGAAAAAAGGAGGAUGGACACGGAGAGGAAAGCCAAAGUUUCGCACAUCUACUCCAAGCUGAAAGAGCAUGAGACUGCACAGAGGCAAACCAAUGGCAGCCACUCCAGGUUUGAGGACUUUGACUUCCUUGCAAAAUAUUGCAUUUUCAACCAGGAGAAGCUGUCCCAGUACAAACAAGCUUUUGAAGCGGUGGACAGUGACGGGGAUGGAUACCUGACCUGCUACCAAGUGCUGCUAGCCUUGAAGGAGAUUGCGCCUCCAGAGGUUCUCACUGAUUCAGAGGAGAUUUACGUCUAUAGGAUCCUGGAGAUGGUGGACUUUCGAGUGACAGAGGGACUGACAGACCUCAGGCUUUUUGCUGUGGUGGCCAGUCUGGCACAAAAAAUUGCUUCUCUGGAUGACUUCACACGGUCUCUGAUUGGGAAGUUGGACUUCAGGACAGUGGAAAUGAAGCUAUACAGGGCCAAGCAGCUGUUCCUGUUCCUCCUGGAAACACAGACUGGAGUUUCGGCAGCCCAAGAGGGUCUCCUCAGCACGGAGCAGCUGUUGAUGGAGCUAAGAGCUGGAGGGAUCGCGCCAGAGCACGAAGAGGUUGUCGCGAGUCAACUCCGCCAUGUCAAGUCCCUAGACCUGCUUGACUUCUUGGCUCACCUGCCGCUCUUCCUCCUCAUACACAGCUCAGUCAUAGCCAACCCACUGGAUGACACCAGGAGUCUGUGACACAGUGAUCCCUCAGCCACACAAACGCUGAUCAGGCAUGCCAGGAAUCCUUUAUGCAGCUCCACCACUGAGGAACCUGCAGGCCACUCCUGCUAUGGCCAGUAGCCCGACACUAAUCUCAGCUCCAAAUGCCUUGAUUGACAUGUCCAAGGCUGUGAUGACUACUGAGGGCUAGGCAGUGCACGCAUGCCCCAUUUAACUGGAAAGAUUAUGAAAUGGUGACUCUGUUUUUUCCUUAGUGCUGUCUGUGGUACUGAAAUAUGUAAUGAUUUUUACAUCUUCAGCUCAACUGCCAAUGCAGAGUACAGACUCAGUAUACUGUUGACCACUGGGCAACUAAACACAGUGAAGUCAUCCAGCCUGUGUGUGUGUGUGAGAGAGAGAGAGAGAGAGAGAGAGAGAGAGCGAGAGAUAAUUUAUGAUAUAUGUCAUUAGGUAUUACAGAGCAUGUGCCAGGCAGACAUUGUCUUUUUCUUGUAACCAGAUGUCAAUGUUUAGGCAUUGUAUAGUGGCUUUGUUUUGCCAAACCUUCUAGCCAUGUCCAAGUGCGAACCAGACUUUGACUCACGCUCCACACCACACCACACAUUCUCCAUUUCUGCAAAUCAAUAGGAAAGAAGAUCCAUUUAAAUUGCAACAAAACUUAGGAUAUAUUUCCUCUUCAUUAAACAACAAAAAUAAUGUUCAACAACCACAAAACAUUAGGAUAUCAAAAACAUGGCGAAGGGGAAAAUGAUUAGACAAAGCAAUAUAGUAUGAUAUUUGUCUGAAUUGGCCUUUACUGCAGCUGCUUUCAGUUGGUCUUUGUUUCAGGGGAGUUUCUGUCUCCUCUUCAGCAAGUGAAAUGCAUGCUCAACUGAAUUUAAAUCAGAUGACUGAUUUGGCCAGUCCAAAACGUUCCACUUUUCCCCACUGAUGAAUUAUUUGGUUGUGUAGCAGUAUGUUUGGGUUCAUAGCCUUGCUGUUGGAUGAAGCACCAGCCAGUGAGGUUGGGGGAAUUUAUUUGUAUAUAACCAGACAAAGUGUGUGCGUACACUUCCAAAUUCAUCCUACUGCUGCCAUCCUCCAUUACAUCAUCAAUAAAGAUGAGUGAGCCUGUUCCAGAAACAGUCAUAAAUGCCCAAUGCACUACCUCCUCCAUAU